AAUAAGUAUUCCAAUGAUAAAAAUACAAACGAAUCUGCCUAAUAAUAUCUGUGCUAGAUAUUUUGCCGAUCGAUUUGAGGUGAAAUUGACGUGAAUCACACGACAGGAGCCUCGAGAGAUAAAUCCGCUUGUUUUCCUUAUCAAGAUUAAUGCACAGCGAUAAAAAUAUCUAAAGCUAAAACUAUACGUUGUUAACAUUUGAGCGAGAACGCUCGGCUCGCUCCGCACGGUGAAACAAUAAAAUCAAAAUGCUAUCGAAAAUAUUUACAACAGUGAAAUACACGUUAGUGACAAUAAAUUUUCUGUUUCUGAUAACAGGCAUCAUUAUACUCGCCGUUGGCAGUUCAGUACAAAGUGCUUACAAUGGAUACCACGAGCUGCUGUCUGAGAGAUUCUUCUCUCUGCCUGCUUUCUGCAUCGCGACAGGAGUCAUCAUAUUCAUCAUCGCCUUCUUCGGAUUCUAUGGCGCCUUCAAAGAGAACUACCUGAUGAUCAUGGCGUUCGCCGGAGCAAUGGUGUGCAUGUUCAUAUUCCAACUGUCGGCGUGCAUCGCCGGGUAUGCUCUGAAGGGCAACGCGGAGGCGCUGGUGCAGAAACAGCUGUACGAGACCAUGCAGCUGUAUACGCACGAUGUGGUGGUCACCAGGCUGUGGGACGAGGUCCAGGAAGACUUCUCAUGUUGCGGUGUGAACAAUGCAAGCGACUGGCUCGCACCGCUUGGGACCGCGAAUACGGACCAGGGGCUUCCCCUCAGCUGUUGUCAGUUCCCCUUCGGGACCAUCACGGUUUUCAACUGCACUAUGGCGACUCCCGCGCCGACGCUCCGCACCGAAGGCUGCUCAACUGCCUUCGGCGCGUGGGUGCAGUCCCAUGCUGGUUCUAUAGGCCUUGCUGGCAUCUUUUUGGUCCUUUUACAGGCAUUAGCGGUGGUUGGAGCUGUAUGGCUAGCCAAGAUGUCAAGGGAGGAGCAUGGAGCAUAUCCUUGAAGAGUGGGAGAGAAGCAUUUAGACGUUACUUAAUUUAUCUUUGUACGUGUAUAGUGUAAGAAUAUUGUUAUGAUGUACGAGGAAUAAAGUCCUGAAUAUGUUGUGUUCAAAUUAA